GGGCACCGACGAGGGGCGCAGGGCUCAGGAAGGGCGCGUGCGCGGCGACAGGCCCCGGGGGAGGAGACAGGGCAAGGCCGGGCGCGGCGGCCGGUGGUCCAGGCAUCCAGCCUGGAAGAUGCACAAGAGGAAGGCACCCCCGGCACCCCCGGGCCGAGGCGCCGCCGCCGCCCGCCAGCUGGGCCUGCUGGUUGACCUCUCCCCAGACGGCCUGAUGAUCCCUGAGGAUGGAGUUAAUGACGAGGAACUGGAGGCUGAGUUCUUGGCCUUGGUGGGAGGCCAGCCUCCAGCCCUGGAGAAGCUCAAAGGCAAAGGUCCCCUGCCCAUGGAGGCCAUUGAAAAGAUGGCCAGUCUGUGCAUGCGAGACCCGGACGAGGAGGAGGGCACAGAUGAGGACGACGUGGAGGCCGACGACGACUUACUGGCGGAGCUCAAUGAGGUCCUUGGGGAGGAGCAGCCGGCUCCAGAGGCUCCGGCACCGGCGGCCCAGCCCAAGCCCGCAGCCCCCCGCCUGGGGGUAGAGACCACCUUGCUGGAGAGGCUGGCGCUCUACCAGACCGCAGUGGAAAGCGCCAGGCAGGCUGGAGACAGCGCCAAGAUGCGGCGCUACGACCGCGGCCUUAAGACGCUGGAGAACCUGCUGGCCUCGGUCCGGAAGGGCAACGCCAUCGACGAAGACGACAUCCCUCUGCCCGUGGCCGUGGGCGGGGGCCCUGCCGCCACGCCCCACCCCGCCCCC